AGCGGCUCAGAUCCGGCUCAAAACGCCAAUGUUUGUGGUUGUAUAAAAGGCUGCAAUCUGGCAAACAUCGAGUGCAGUUCGAUUCUGUUUGUCAAACCGAGAAUUAACCCUUUCGUCAUCAUGCUGAAGCUGGUACUCCUCUUGCUCGCCGCCCUCCUGGCCGUUGCCAUGGCUGUUCCCGCUCCAGGACCCAGUCCAAAUCCCGCCCCGGUGCCCCAGUUUGUCUACUCCGCCGGCUAUCCGGCCGUGGGCUACGCCUCCCCUUACGUUUACUACGGCUGAGCUCAGUAUCCGGAUUCACUGAAUAAAGCCUUUGGACUUGUGCAUGAACAACCAGUUCGUUUCACUUGAUACAAAUGGUUUGGUGUUUCGAAGAAUAAUAAAUAAAUUGAAAUUAUACAUGUAAAACUUU